AUGGCAGCAGAGUGCAUGAGCUCGCCGCCGCCUGAGCUCCUCGACGAGGAGUCGUGGGCGCCCAGCCCGGCGCGCACAGCACAGCCGUCACCCGAAGAAGAAGAAGAAGAGGAGCAGCGCGAUGGGACCGGCAACGAUACCCGCGGACGGAUAUCGAUGUACGUCAAGCUCUUUGACGAGAUGCUGCGUACCGUGCUCGAGUCCGAGGCGUACCUCUUCACCCCGCGCGAGCUCUGGGUCCUGCGGCAUAUCGUCAGCCUGGAAUACCAGCCGUUGUACCUCCUUACAAGGCUCCUCCUGCGCCGCCCGAAGAAGGUACACCCGUUCGCGAGCAUAGUGCCGGCGUACUCGGCCGAGCUGGGCGAGGAAGGUGUCAAGCGCGCCGCCAGGGCGCUGUGUCUCCCGCUCGACUUGCCGGAGGACUUGCUGAGCGACGAAAGGGACCAGCGAGCGGCGACAGACGCACGGAGGGCGCAGCCGGAACGCCAUCCAGACGCCAGGCCGUGGGCCGAACUGCCGACUGGGCUGAGCACCGAGGAGGAGCGCGCGGAUCCAGAACUCGCCGAAGCGAUCCGCGUGAGUCUGUGGUCGGAACAGGGGUCGUCCGCCGAGGGCAGCCAGUCUGGGUCAAAUUGGGCAUCUUCUUCAAAGUCGAUGCCUGAGGUCGAGGUCGAGCUCUCCCAGCCGCCAGAUACGAUCGACGCGCUGGCGCACGACGAAUCAGGCCUGUCUCUCGACGACAUCAUGUCGUGUAUCCCAGCCGAAGACCUGCGGCGUGUCGCGAGGGCACGCAAGGUCCCCAUGAACUUGCUCGUGUCCCGUGAAUCGACGAUGCGCGCCCUCAAGGAUGUUGCGUGCAAGCAGACCACGCUGGGGUUCGCGCCGCUCAAGGGAAAGGGCAAGGCAAAAGCCACGAAUGGGCCAGUCAAACGCACGAUGUCGGCCACUAUGACCUCGGAGCACAAGGUCCUCGCCGAGCUCCUGCCGUACGUCGACGGACAUGUCGUGCAGAUUGACCCGGCGCUGUUUACGCUCGUAGCGCGCGUCAACUUGAUCUUCUCGCGCACGCCGCCACAGUCCACGUUCGCCCCGGCUCUCAUGCUCCCUCCGAUUCUGGUCACGUCGAACAAGCGCAACUAUCCAGACUAUGGCGAGCCGACACGCUCCGUCAUCUGGAAGGACCGCGAUGAGCUCAUUGCGUGGGAGAGCGCAGUGCUCAAAGAGGUGCUCGUGUCCGAGACCUUGGGCGAUAACUGGGCCGAACAGCGCCGCGGAGGUGGCGGGUUCGGAAUGCAGCAGCAGAUGCUCUCGAGGACUGAUGGUGCCAAGCUCGUCCGCAAGCUCUGGGAGUCAAUCUGGCCCGAGUGGCAGGAGAUGGUGGCUGGGGAGGGUGGCCGAGCGCCCAACCUGGAACAAGAGGAGGCCAAUAUCGCAGGCGACCGUUUCAAGACCGGGCAUGUACUCACUAGGAUCGUGUACAAGGGAGCCGAGGCCUUGGGCGUCCUCCACGAGUACGACCUGGAAUGCGAAGUGCUUCGCGCUCUGCUUGCUCAGCGGCGAUGGCGGCGAGGCAAGCGAGGCGCGUGGUACGAGCGCCUGGCUCUGGUCCUGAUGACACACUACAACAAGGGCGAUAAGAAGAUUGAGAAGCUCGAGGAGGCAACGCAGGUGUGCAUCGAUGCUCUCCUCGACGACGAUACACAUAUCAUCUAUCGACCAGGACUGUCUCGCCGCCUCACACGACUGGAGAAGAAGCUGCGCCUGCCUCCUGACGAGUGCCACAUUUCGUACGCCGAGCUGCAAGAGUGCCUCGUUCGCGAGGUGGUGGCGCCGCGUGUCCAGCAGAACGUCGGGCAGGCGCGUUCGCAGCCCACUGAGAAUGGACGCGAGCGCGAGCCCAGCCUCGGCCUAGACGAUGGCGAGAAGAAGGCCGCCGCCCUAAAAGCAGCGCAACAAGUUGGCAAGAGCGCUUGGCUUGGUCGGGACGGCGAAGUCACCGUCGAAGGCUGGGUCCUCGAGUGGUGGGAAGACAAGGGAUAUCAGGGAUUCCACGCCGAAGGCUCCAUCCUGAGUACUCUGUUCACGCUCUUGAUGUGGCCUGUUCUGUUCCAUCCGCUACCUGGGGCUUUUGAGACCAGGUACCAAACCGCUCCACUCGAUCUCGGAGAAGACACGUUUGCCAGGGCACGACGUGACCUUAUCGACGCCAGGCUUGAGGCAAUGCAGUCCAACGAAACAGCUCUCGCCAUGCUCCGUGAGACAGACUCGCGCGAACGGCCACGGGGAACAUGGGCCGUGGGUGUGAACUGGGAUUACGGUGCUCGCGAGCUCGAAGAGAUUGUCACCUGCUUCGGUGGCCGCGCACUCAGCGUCAUUUGCCGGAUGCUAUCAGAGGAGUAUCGACACCGAAUGAGUGGAGUACCCGACCUCAUCGUUUGGAACAUUGACGAGAAGGAAGUGCGCUUUGUGGAAGUCAAAGGUCCUGGCGACCAGCUCUCCGAGACACAGCGGGUGUGGAUCGACGUGCUCCAGUCUGUGGGGGUGCCCGUAGAAGUGUGCCGCGUCAAGGCGAAAGACGGCUCCGAGGCCGCCGACAAGCUGAAGCGGAAGAAUAGUCGCAUAAAAGCGGAGCAGCGAGCAGCAACGCGCAAGAGGGAGCCAUCGCCGAUUGUGAUCGACGACAGCAGCGAGGGGGAAACGCAGGAGGCCGACGAGUGGCAGUUCGAGUCGGGAGACGAGGGGAAGGCUGAGGGACAUUGGGAGCGCGCUGGCAAGCGCUCUAGGGGGAAGUAG